CGUUGAUAAAGUGGGUCGUUUGUCUCUAUGUCCACACCAAUUCUGAACAAAAUUUCAUUCUAAUUUAGCUUUUUCGGACGCAUACUCAUUCGUGGCAUUUUACCCAGAUUUUGGGCAAAUGUUAAAAAUUGGCACUAAACGCCAAUUUCUACAUUUUUAGGCAAAAGUAGAGGAUAAAAACCCUUUUUAAAUAGGCCUCGAUCGACUCCUCACACAUCGAUUACUCAGUGAGAGCACGAAUUUUCUCACGCGUUUCAGGGUUGUAGUCUUGACGCGCACGUCCAGCAGCUGCUGGAGAUUUUUUCACUCUUUUCUUGCUCGUUGAAGGUAACGGUCAGUAACGGCCAAGUUGGAUUUUACUGUGCGGGGACGCCAGCUUCGCAAUCCCCGAAAACCCCGAUUAAUUGUGCGCUUAAAACGCGAUUACCAUUGCUUAUCACCUAGAACGCUGUAGAGAUUAAUUAUGUCUCGUGUAAUCAGACUCGAUGAGAACCACGGAAUCGGGAAUGUGACGGAAGCAAUAAAGAAAGGAGCGGCAACGAAGCGUGCCGUACUGGGGGAGCUGGGCAACAAAGUGCUUCGAAAUGCGGCCCAGGACCUUAAAGGAAUUGAGAAAGGAGCUGCUAACCUGAAAAAUGCCAAUGCAGUAUUGAAGAAUGUAAAGCCGCGCGUAGAUACUCGCUGGCGGAAGGAGGAGAACGCCGCGGUUGUGGGGGCUGUUGCCACGAAGAAGACUCUGGCGAAAUCAGAUUUGUUGAAAAACGCCAAGAAUGACGAGAAAACGGCACCUUCUAAGCCAGGUAUGAAAGGGCAGCCUCACGAAGCGGUCAGAGUUCAUGUGCAACUGAGCAAUGGGAACGAAGUAAAGAAGGUCAAUCUGAAAAGAGAAGAGAGCCAUUCGGCGCACGGACAGCUAGCAAAAGCUAACAGACAAAUUUCGACCGAAGCGAAAAAUGGCAAAACUGCUGGUUCUUCCUCCUCUCUGGACAAAGCAGAAACGGUUGCAACAUCGAAGCAUCAUCUCCAAAGGCCGGAAACUCAUUCGCAAAAGCUACUAGAAAACAUUGAAAAUAUUGACAUAAAUGAUGGAUGGAAUCUCAUGCUGGUAUCGGAGUAUGUUAACGAUAUUUACAAGUAUCUGAACAAGUUGGAAAGCUCGGCGGAUUAUGCGCUACGUGAGAACUUUUUGGACGGCCACACGGAGGUUACCUAUAAAAUGCGUGCCAUUCUGAUUGACUGGAUCAAUGAAGUGCACAAUCAGUUCAAAUUGGAUAUCGAUACCUAUCACAUGACGGUGUCGUUGAUCGAUAGAUACCUCCAGAGUGUGAAAACCGUCCCAAAGAAGAAACUGCAACUAGUAGGCGUAACAGCCAUGUUCAUUGCAUCAAAGUACGAAGAACUAUUUCCGCCAGACAUCCAAGACUUUGUGUUCAUCACUGACGACACGUACGAAAAGUAUCAGAUAUUGGAAAUGGAAAAGGAGAUGGUAAGGGUGCUGAACUUCCAAAUGGGAAAACCUCUACCAACGCACUUUCUGCGUCGGUUUUCAAAGGCAGCUAAAGCGUCGGACCUGAACCAUGUUCUGGCAAAAUAUUUGAUUGAACUGGCUAGCGUGGAUUAUAGCACCGCACAUUACAAACCAUCUGAGAUUGCAGCCGCAGCACUCUACAUUUCGCUGUUUCUAUUUCCCUUAAAUGCUACUGGUGCAGCAACUAUUUGGAACAAAACAUUGGAGCAUUAUACGCACUAUACUGUCCAGGAGUUGAUUCCGAUUGUGCAACGAUUAGCUAGCGUCAUCAAGGCAGUGCCGGAAAUGGCAAAGAAGAGACUAAAAGCAACCUGGCUUAAGUAUUCCCUACCGAAGCUGCAAAAUAUUUCCACGCACCAGAAGCUUAGUGGAUCCGAAAUUGACUUGUUGGCAGAAGGAAAGCUUCGGCUGUGAGAAGCAAAUGCAACAUUCAGGAUAUGUUUUAGAUAAUAUUUGUCAAUCCAUUGAGCGUUUACUAGUACUUUACACUGUAUGCAACAUCCACAUUAUUUUUAAACAUGGACUUUGGACGUACAUAUUUCUAGGACGAUGGAUAGCAAAUUUUGACUGACGCGGUACAUUGUUUCAUACUAUUAAUAAAUCGUUAAAUAAAUUACUGGAUAUGACCUAGGUAAAUAUUCGCAUUUCAUUUCUGUUUGUAGAAAACAAAAAUAUUCAUUCAAGAAUUUCUGCUGGCUUUUAACAUUACUUUAUCAAAAAUGGAAGAACAGUGAACAGACCUCAAUUUAUGCCAUGCCAUAUAAAUAAUUCCCCAAACCCAUUUUAAACGUAGGUAGAGUAGGCAUUAAGUAACGAGAAAUGUAUUGCCAAUAUAUAAAAAAUGUAAAAACACACUGAGGACAAUGAAAUGUGAUUACGAUUACGUUUCUAUGAAAUUAUUUGCCUUUACACUAGGUUUAGCGUCGAACGAAUAAACGGAGUUCGCUUUUCUUUCGUUUCGAUCUCACCUGACCUCUGCUAUUCCAAACAGUAUGUCCACAGCUCGGUUUCCGUUCACAAAUAUCAUUUUAUUCUUUUAUGGUUUUUUCGAACAUUACAAAUAUGUUCAUUCUUGUUCGAAUCUUUCAACCCUUGCCAAUGAUGCCAACGAUGAUGCGACUC